UUCAUUAUCAAAAUUCGCGAACAACACUUGUGACCAUGAAUUCAACGGAGCGCUACAUACUUACUUGCACGAUAUUAUUCGUUAUCGCCUUUGCAAGAGGAGUUCCUGUGGGCAUUUCUCCAUAUGAUUCGAAUAGCCAAACUAACACAGACUUUUGCACGGAAAAAGCAGCCAACGGCUUCUUCGUCGACCCAUCUGAUAUGGAUUGCACCAGUUACAUCAAUUGUUAUAACGUAAACGGCGAAUGGAAGACGAAAGAACUGAAAUGCCCAAAUGGACAAUACUUUGAUUCUUCAUUGAGCUUCUGUAGCAGCCUUUAUAAUUGCUCACUUUGAAAGAAGACUGUAACUGCGUCGUUUUUAGUCUGUGAAUAAUACAAUAUUUAAGUCUACAUUUUACUCUAUAAAUAUGUGUAGUUUAUUUAAUUUGAUUUGUGUUCGUAUAAUUUAAUUUUGCAAUGCGUAUAUGAUAUGUAGUACCGUUAGAAAUAUAUUCUAUGACAUAAUUCUUGUAAAUAAAUCAGUACUAAUAUAUAAAAACAUAGGAAAUUAACUGGAUCAGAUUACCCAUGAUGUACUCUAUAUCAACAAUUGUAAUUGUGUAAUUAGUGAUUAGUCAACGAGUGAUAUAUGAACUCUAGCUACAGGAUAAUUA